AUGGCCGCCGUCGUGCCCGGCAGGGCCGUGGGGCUCACGUACAGCCGCGAGCGGGCGCCCCUCAGCACGCAGAGCGCCUUCGCGGCGUUGCAGUCGCCGCACGGUACGCCGUCCCCGUGCUUCUGCGCCACGCCAACGCUGCACCUCGUCCCGCCGCUGUACCUCCCCCCGGCGGCGGCGGCGGCGACGCCGCCAUGGGGGCUGCAGCCGGGCGCCGUGGCGCCCGCACCCGCCCUGCAGGCCGUAGGUAAGCGCGCCUCGCUGCCAGCCAGCUUGGGCGACGCGGCCGCGGUCUUCAGCUCCCUUCCGAGGAGGGCGCCGACGGCGCCGCUGGCCACGGGCAGCGUCGAGGUGGUGGACGAAGGAGACGUGCCGGCGAAGGCGCAGAGUGCCAUGGAGCUGGGAACCGGCGCCUUCCUGGAGCAAGGCUACGCGCAGCCGCUCACGCCGGCGGGCGGCGCGGUGGCGGCGCGGCUGACGGCGAGGCGCACGUCGGCGCCCGCCCUGCUCGCCGCGCCGUGGCCGCCGCCGUCGCCUGCGGCGCGCGCGCCGGCCCCGCUGGCAUCGCCCGCGGCGACGGCGCACGGGCGGUGUGUCGCCGCUGCCGCGGCGGCCGCCCCGAUCGCAAUGGCGGGAGGCUGUGCGGUGCGGACCGGCGGGCCCGCCAGCGCGGCCUUCACCCAGCAGCCGCUGACCCUCGUGGCGGCGCCCGCGUGCGGCGUUGCGGCGCGGCCAGCGCCGGCGGCGCUGACCGCCGUGCAGUCGCCCCGCGGGAUGGUGUUGGUCGCCAGCCCGAUGCUUGCGCCGGCCUCUCCCAGCUGGUCGUUUGUGGCGCCGAAGGUGCGCCGGAAGCCCAGGGAGGCCGGGCCGUCUGCCGCCGCCCCGCCGGCGCCAGCGCCGCAGUGGGCGACGACGGAUGAGGACGAGGAGUCGUGGCCCGGCGGAGGAGACUGCGCCGAGCUCCACGAGCAGAAGGAGCUCUUCACGAAGGGCUGGACCCGCGAGGCGAAGCAGUCGCACAGCGCGAAGAGCGUGCGGAAGGUCGACGGUCAGGCCGAGAAGCGCCGACAGCAGAGCGCGAGGGACAAGGCAAAGAACAUGGGACUCACCCUGGAUGAUGUGGAGGAGUGA